UUGGACCAUACGCGUAUGGUCAUGACCAUAUGCGUAUACUCAUAUGGUCCGACCAUACGCGUAUGGUCCGACCGUACGCGUAUGGUCGGACCAUAUGAGUAUUAUACUCGUUUGGUUAUUAACGGGCCGGACCAUAUGAGUGCUAAACUAUAUGGGGGAAAAUCAAAGAAUGUGUACAAAGGUGUUCUAGCCUUUUUAUUUUUAAUAUGGAUGAUAUGGACGUUAGGACAUAUAAAAGAUUUUGAAAGAAUAGAUUUAAAUAAUAUCAAGACACAACCUCGAGUUUCAAGACCUCGUGAUUCGGAAAAAAAUUUCACUAUAUUAUUUUAUGCAAAACCUUCUUGGUUUAAUCCAAAAAGAGAUAAUUUUGAUAGAUGUUACUACAGAAAUUGUGAAUUUACAGUAGACAAAAUGCUUUUUUCCAAAAGUGAGGCUGUCAUCUUUCAUCAUAAUUCUUUCGCAACAUUGCCUGACAAGCCAAAUGGUCAAGUAUGGAUAUUUGUUACUCUCGAGAGUCCAUAUCAUACUAGUAACAAUUUUAAAACUGACAAAUUGAAGAUGAAAUUUAAUUGGACACAAUCGUAUCGAAAAGAUUCAGAUGGAUUUUCACCGUAUGCAGUUCUGAGGAAACAGCUUAAAAAUCCAGUAACAAAUUACACUGCUAUAUUCACGAAUAAAACAAAAAACAUUGCUUGGGUCGUUAGCCAUUGUCGAACUCAAUCAAAGAGAGAAGCCUAUGUAAAAGAACUGGUGAAAUAUAUUGAUGUUGAUAUUUAUGGAAGUUGUGGGAAACCUUGCCCAUCCAAAAACAAUGAAGAUUGUAAAUCUAUUUUGAGUAAAACUCACAAAUUUUAUCUUUCUUUUGAAAAUUCAUUAUGCAAGGACUAUUUGACUGAAAAAAUAUUUACACUGUACAGAAAUGAUAUGAACUUUAUUCCAAUUGUUCGCGGUGCACCUAAUGCAGGAGACUAUUUGCCACCAAACACAUAUGUCUCAACAUCUGAGUUUAAGUCACCCCAGCAGCUAGCGGCUUUUCUAAAGGAGAUCAGAAACAAUAAAACACGUUAUAUUUCAUAUUUGAAAGAAAAAGACAAAUAUUUUGAUGAUGGAUCUGGAGGGUUAAGCCUGGGAUUUUGUGACAUAUGUUAUCAUAUGAAUGUUAGACAUCAAAAGCCUAAAAUUAUUGAUAUCAACAAGUGGUUAUGGGAAAAUCAGUGUCAUAAUCCAAAUGACCUGCACACUUAA